AUCGUUACACUCACAAUCUGACAAAAAAAGAUUUCUGGUGAAAAGUAAAAGUAAUAUGUAAAAUGAACUUUUUAAUCAAUCAUUCAGUAUUAUCUUUCUUGUAUUGAUCUCUAAUCAUUGAAGGAUUUGUUCCCUUAAUGAAAUGUUUGCUUGCUGAUUAUACUCAGCGAUUGUGAGCAGAGCAACAAUUGGAUUUGUUCCUCUAAAGAAUGGAAUUUAGCACCAGGACAUUACUGGAAACAAAAUAAUAAAUAAUAAAUGAACUUUCAAUUCAACAAAGGAACAUAAAUAAAGUGCAAUGGAAAAUAGGAUAGAUAGCAUUCCAGGGAGGAAUGCUGGUAAAUGGAUCUUGGAAAACAACAUCAACAGUAGUUAAAACAAAAAGGCACAGCAUUGUUGUAUAAUGGAGUGUUAAUAUGGAGUCAUAACAAUCAAUUUAUAAUAUAAAAACUGUUCAUAAACAGGCUUAGUUUCUACAAAAACAAACUAAAAUAUUGGAAGUUCAUGCAUGCAUAACCUGAAGCAGGUUAAAGCACAAGAUGAGCGACAGUGGUGCCAUUCUUAUGACUGGUGUGAUUCCAUUCACUCUGGAACGGGAGUCAACAUUGAUGCCAAGUGAGUUUCGGGAAAGGAUGUCCGCGAAGCAUCGCUCUCACAAAACAAGUGUUAAAUCUGCAUCAGUGGCUAGGAGUCGACAAAUGAGGCAAAAGACUGCAACAUUGAGAUACUCAACUGAAAACAGUGCAUCUUCGUUUAACCAUAACUUCCAAAUUGAGGUCAACAGUGUCAGUGCUGAUAAAUCUGCUGAAAAUGUAGAGAAAUCACCAAAAAGUGAUAAAUACUACAGCGCAAGGGCCGAAUAUGAGAAAGUGCUGUCUUUAAGAUCUGAGGAACUUAAACAAAAUGUAAUGAAAGAAGAAAGUUAUGCAAGAGAAAGUACCAAGAGCCCACAAGAAUUUAAUGGCAACAAAACUUACACACUCAGUAAAGAUGAGGUCAAGCAACUUUUAGACAAUAUGUCCCCAGUAAAUAACUUUGAGACUAAUGCCACACCCUUCCGCAUGGACAGAACAUUUACAAAGGCAACUGCACCUGACUGGGAAAUCGUGCAGACAGAAGAGGAACAACAUGGCAUAGCAGGUAAGAUUGAGCUGAAUGACGAUAUGAAAUUCAUGCUUGACUGUCAGUAUGGAUACAACAGGUCAGAGGAGGAAGAUUCCAGAGUGAAAACUCCCCCAGAAAACAUGCAUAUCAAAGACAUUAUGAGCUCCCUUGAGGAUUGGGGAGGUAGCAAGGAAACAAUACGGGAAAAGAAAUACACAGUUCUACCAUCAAUAAACAAAACUGUACGUUCAGAUACUGGUUCCAGCAGAUCUAGAUACAGUGCAGGCCAAGCCUCCAAUCUGUCCAUGAACAACCAGUUGGACUUCAGUCGUGACAAGAUUGAAGAGGAUGCUGAUUUCUUUGCAGACUUUCGUGUGAACACCAGCAACAUUAAGCCUACCCCUCGGCAAGACCCUUUGCCCCCUAUAAAACAUUUCACAGACGCUGAACCAGUGUCGCCUUAUAGACAAUCAGGACAGAGGAAGAAAAAGAGAGAAAAACAUUGAUGUAUUUAAGUUCUUUUUGUAAUUUGAUUGUGAAAAAUCUGGAAUAGUUCCUCACAGAUUUUCAUUUAUUGGAGUACAUGUGCUUAUUUUGUAUGCUCUACUUGCUUCAUUUACUGCAAAACUUAUGAUUAGCUUAAACCGCAAGUGUCCAUAUUAUAUAUAUGUGAAAUUUGGUUAUUUAAAAGCCUUAAUUGUGUUGAAUACAGUGAUAAAAUUGCAUGAGUACACAGGUGAUAAAUCAUAUCAGACGAGACAAUAGUAUGAUCCAAUAUGACUCUAUCUGCUGUGUACAAGUCAAAUCUCAGCAUUUUACACAAUGACGAUUAUUAAUCUUUCUAUUUUACAUCUCUUAGAUUCUUUGAGUCAUUUGCUUUUUUUGCAUGAUUUAUAACAAGUCUGUGAAAGAGCGCUAACAUUCUUAAGAUUUAAUAACAUUGUUGCGUGUAAAUGUUUUGUGUCUACAGAAAUAUUUAGGAAUUAGUUAAUUCAAAUUUUACUGUGGGAGUUAUUAUUAUUUAAACACGUUACCACAGAUCUUUAAUAGGUCAAUUUCAACAUCAAAUAAGUUUUAUAGUCAUUUCUACGGAUGCCUACCAAGUUGAUCUUUUAAACUUAGACCUUUUAAUACAAAAUAAUUUUUAUGCAAACACAUUCUAUGGAAGAAUAUUUGACAGUCACUUGAUACAAAUGAUCACAGCUGAUUGGAUAAUAUAAACAGGAAUAUAAUUAUAUAUAAACCAUUAACAAAUAAAUAAAACAUUAAGUUUUUAAAUGUAAAAUGGAUUAUAUUCUGCAAUCUGUAAAGUACCCAUUUUUUUUUAAAGAAAGCAUUUAUAUACUAUUCAUAUAAUGAUGUGACAGAAGCUUAAUGCAUGUGUAUGAAAUGUGACCAAAAAAGGAUUAGAUUAGGCACAGAUUAUAAGUUCAACCUGCUUUAAUAUAGAAAUGUAUGCCACAUGGCUGCAGAUUACUAAUCCUUAAUGCCAUACAACUCGACUAAUACUGUUAACACGCUGGGUAUGCGGAUACUUUGAUAACAGAUGGCACUUUGAUACCUGAUAACAACAAAAGCCACGCGUGAGAGGUAAGUUCAUCAGUUUUGUUUAAAGUUAUAUCAAAAAGAUUAGUUUUUUAUGCAAGGCAUAUGGUCGAGUUUAUAAAUGGUGUAUCCUUUUCUAUUGCAAAGAAAAACAUCACGGAAGAAUGGCAGAUUUGUCCUCAAAAAAUAGAUAAUUCGGUUGGAAAACAGCAUAAACUGGAUGAACAGUAAACAUUUCAACAAAAUAAAACUACUUAGAAAUAUUGCAAGAAAUUGUUUGAUAUUCUAGCAUGUAGGGUAAUCACUUGGCUUUGAAUACUGAAAUUUUUAAAGUAUUCAAUGAAAUAUUAACGAAGAAGUUUUAAUAGAAGGUAUUCAUGAAGUUGCAGAUACUUUGAUUCCCGAUAUAGGGCACUUCGGAUAACAGAGACUUCAACAAAUCAUGUGGAUCAACACGACUGUGUUCAAUUGAACUUAUAGCAGGACUCUAGAUAAGGGGAGCAAGGGGUCUUAAAGCGGCCAAUACACCUCAUAAAAUCCUUUAUCAAUGGUGCUCAUUAGAAUCGCAUCUUUAAAACGAUACUAAUGCGUAGCCACAAAAUGUAAAAGAGAUUGAAAAACUCCCUUUAUAUUGAGCUUUACACUUCCCUUCCCUAAUAUUAUCCUUUUUCAAAGAGAUGAAAACAUGUUUCGGUAAUUCGUUUCUUAUUUACGUCAGUACAUACAUUUUUAUUCAUUGCCUGCUUACUACAGCAGUAUUCCACAGCGAAUUCUGCAUUUCUGACUCACUAAAUAGAGUGUGUUAUAUCUGGUAAAAAGUGUCGAGUUAUCUGGAAUCGAAGUGCCAUUGUCUUUGAGAUGAUCGGUAAAAGAAGAGUCCAUGAAAAUUUGGCAUCCGACUCUUAAAACAUUAGAAUUUCCUAAAAUACAUUAUUCAACUAAAAUUUAACAUCUUGUUACAUUAAUGGACAUAUUGAUCUUUUAUUUCGAUUAGUUGGCACGUUCUUGAUUUAUUUCCAAGUAUUUUUAUUUUGUUGAAAUACGUACUGAUCAUCGAAUUCAUGACGAUUAUCAAUGAAAUUUUAUCUCUUUUUUCAUAAUCCACUUCUUUUCCCACGACUUUCUUGCUCCGCAAUACGAAGUACUAUACCAUUAAUAGACCAAACAAUGUUACGCGUCUGAAAACCAAAUGAACAGAACAUAAUGCAAAAAAGCUGAAGAACUCAACCCUUGCGCGUGGCUUUUGUUGUUAUCUGGUAUCGAAGUUCCAUCUGUUAUCAAAGUAUCCGCAUACCCGGCGUGUGUUUAACUGCAUGACAUUAAUAAACAAUAUUUGCAUUUCAUAGUUACAAGCAUGCCUGAACAUUAGUGACAGGCUGAUAAAUCAUUUUAUAUAAUUAUCAUGACAGAGCAAAGGACCAUGACAAUAAUAUUAAUAAACAACAAUUGUGCAACUAAAAUACCAACACUUCACUCAGUCAUACUUAUUAUGUAGAAAUGUAAGUUCUUUUUUAAACAAUUAUACAUAUUAUUCUAUAUCCAAUAAAUUCAUCCAAUCGGCAUUCUUCAUAUGUACCACGUGACCGUCCAAUAUAUUCCAGUAUUGGAUCCAAAAAGUCUGUAUUUUUUCCAUAUUGGACAGUUGAGAACAAGUGCACUACAUGUAAGCAAUUGUUUUAAAACGAUAAAAGCCGUUACCGAGAAAAAGUAUCCGAAUGUACUAUAAUCGACUCACACGGGCGCUUGUCUUGAAAAUAGCUUAGAUGCAAUUAAAGCAUUUUUAAAUCAAAAUUAAAAUGAAACAAGAGCUGAAGAAAGGGAUAUAGAAUAAAAAGCUUAUUAGACGUUUAAACUGUACAAUACAUGAUAUAUUUGGACUCGCACACAGUUUGAAGUCAUAUUGGACAUGCCGUUACGUCAAACUGUGUGCUAGUCCAAAUAUAUCUCCGUAUUGUACAGUGAAACGUUUAAUAACCUAUAAAUAUUGAUACACUGCAUUCCUUGUUAAUUUAAUUCAAUAGUCAUUUGGCACGUUGCCUUUUAAAUGAUUCUUAUGAUUUUACAUGCAUUAUAGCAAUGAUGGACUACUUAAUAUGUAAAGAUUUUGAUAUACCUUGAACAAAUAAAUUAUUGUUUAUGUAUUAAUAUUCAUUGUUAAUAUGUGUUCUCCAACAAGGUGUUACUUCAUUUUAUAAUGUUUAUGAGGGAGAUACUAACUAUAAUGUCUUUGACAUGACACCAUUAACACAGACAUAACUACAAUAUGUCAAAGGGUGGAGUGUUUUACAAAUCCAGGUUGUAUGUAUAUAGUAAUAAAUAACAAAUUAAGAAAUGUUAAGUGGUAUUAAUAAAGCACAUUAAAUUCUA